AAUGCAUAAGCGCGUUGACGUUUAGAGUAAUCAAAUUUCGGAACUCAGUUGAAAACAGCAAUUCACAUUUGCAACCAAUCAGAAGUUGCACUCUCAAAUAUCAAAGAUCAAACGCGUUCAAACAAAAAUCUAACCAGAUUCAAAACUAUCAACAGAAAUUCGGAUCAAAUCGAAUUGCCGAUUGAAAUAUGGAAGCGAAUUCAAAUAGAUCAACAAUGACCAAAAUUGAAUUGCAAAAUGCGAUUUUCAGAAUUUUGAGUGAUUUGAAGAUCCCAAAAAAAGUUGACGUCACCAAAACUACAACAGACAUCAUGAAAGAGGUCGAUAAAUAUUGCCGUGAUAAUUACGCAACAGAAGUCGCAUCACCAGAAGCAGGUGAAUCCGGAAACAUUACACCAAAAUCACAGAAAUCUGCGCAACCAAGAAAACUCACCAAUCGUUUGGAUGAAAAUGACCCGAAUCGCGAAAAUGAACCGAAACGCAAAAAUCAACCGUCAAAAAGGGUAUCACGACAGCUAUCAUGUUUGUCCAGUUAUGGCUUUAUUGAACGUCCACCGGUUGCUGGCAAACGUACAUCUAGAGCGGUAUCACGUUUUGGUGAUGUGAAUGAUGAACCAAAAACACGGCGAUCAUCAUCAACAUCAAAUCGACAAGGCAAGAAAAAAGACGUUCCUCCAAAAGAGAAGGCGAAAAGUGCCCAGCACAAAGCUACUGCAAUUGUUGCACAGCAAAAUGAAACAUCAAUGCCGAAACCAAAUUUCGUAUACAAAAGAUUCCAAAUGGUUCACUACCCAAUGGUUGACGUCAAAGCCGAACCAAGUGCAUGAAGACAUUCGAUGUUUGUAACAUCGACAACUCUAUUGAUCCAUUCGGCAAUCAACGAAGCAAGAAAAUAAUAAUACAUCACGUACACGAGAAAUGUGUAUCAAGCAAUGACAAGUCUUUCAUCAUUUUUGCAAAAAGAAACAUAUAUAAAUAUAAGAAUACCAAUAAUGUGACUAUUGAAAAAACUGGAAAAAUUAAGAAUGGAAAAUAUGUAAAACAUCGAAUUUCUAAAAAAAUAUCAAAGAUAUUUCUAUAUAUAAUAUUACUCAGUAUUACACAACCGAUGAGAUUAAACACAUUUAAAUAUUCUGAACGACAGCAAGCAAUUGUUGAUUUUUUCAAGUAAAAAAGAAACAGAAUCUCUAAAAUAACUUGAUCCAAUGAUUUAGGUUAACAUUGAAUCAAACAAGUGAUAAACAAAUGUAUUCCAAUUUUUAACCAACGGAACGUAAUUUUUCUAACUCGUGUUCAUUUUUCGUAAAAACAUCUGUUAAUGCAUAUUUAUUGAAUAAAUAAAAAAUGUCUUCGUUAUAUGAUA